AUUGAAGAGGCUCUGGUUGGAUUCAAGCUGGUUUUUAUGGAUUCCCAUAAUCCUCCAUUAAUGCCCAUUUCCCUUUCUCUUUUCUUCAUUUUUCUAUAACUUCUCCACGUGCAUCUCUCCCACACACACUCUCUCUCUCUCUCUCUCUCUCUCCACAUCACUUUCACUUCUUUACUCCAUCAAUUCCCUCUAUAAAAACCUCUCCUUUAUUUCCUCCCAUUCAAAUUUUAAGAGAUCUCAGUUGGGUUGCCUUCGAUCAUGGAAAAAUAUCAAGUUGUUAAGGAUUUGGGUGCUGGGAAUUUCGGGAUUGCCCGGCUUAUGCGAAACAAGGAGACUAAAGAGCUUGUCGCUAUGAAAUAUAUUGACCGAGGCCAUAAAAUUGACGAGAAUGUUGCUAGAGAGAUUAUAAAUCACAGAUCACUUCGGCACCCCAAUAUUAUCCGGUUCAAAGAGGUGGUUUUGACUCCUACACAUUUGGCAAUUGUGAUGGAGUAUGCUGCUGGUGGAGAGCUCUUUGAACGAAUCUGUAAUGCUGGUAGAUUCAGUGAAGAUGAGGCUAGAUAUUUCUUUCAGCAGCUCAUUUCAGGUGUCCAUUUUUGCCAUUCAAUGCAAAUAUGCCAUAGAGAUCUGAAGCUGGAAAAUACCCUGCUUGAUGGAAGCGCUGCACCGCGUUUGAAAAUCUGUGAUUUUGGUUACUCUAAGUCAUCUCUGUUGCAUUCAAGGCCCAAAUCCACAGUUGGAACUCCGGCAUAUAUUGCACCGGAAGUUCUUUCUCGGCGAGAAUAUGAUGGCAAAUUGGCGGAUGUAUGGUCAUGUGGAGUCACUCUUUAUGUUAUGCUAGUGGGUGCAUACCCUUUUGAGGACCAGGAGGACCCCAAGAAUUUCAGGAAAACAAUUCAGCGGAUAAUGGCUGUUCAGUACAAAAUCCCAGACUAUGUGCACAUAUCUCAAGAUUGCAGACACUUGCUCUCUCGCAUAUUUGUUGCAAAUCCAGCAAGGGUAUGUAUGACCAUUGAAUUCAAUGAAUUCCCUUGUUUAACUUGGACAUAUAGUAGUAUAGGAACAACCAAUAUGUCAGCUGCAAUAUUUACUGGCUUUGAGAGACCUAAAAUAGUUGGCAACAUGGUAAUCUCUUCCUUUGGCCGAUAA